CUUGGAUUUUCUGGUUUAACAAGUUACCAGGAAAACAGUGGGUGCUCCCAGGGAAACUCUGACCCUGUGACGUAAGAUGUCAUUUAAUUCAGAAUUUGGCUGAACUAUCCUGAUGGUACUGACCUCACUUGAGCACUUAGCCCUUCAUAACCCUACUGUUUCUAGCCGAAAACUCACUCUGGGUGCCAGCUCUGGGGUCCAGGCAGUAGUCUUACAUGAGGCUAGAACGGGAUUUGUGCGACGCUGAAGCCCCUUGUUGGCCACGUUACUGCCUCUUCCGUGCGUUGGGGUUGCCAAGAAUUCCCACUGGUUGUGGCUGUUCCCUGAGCUCUGGUGAGGCUGAGGUAAUUUCACACACCCGAAAUGGGACACAAAGUGGUCGUAUUCGACAUUUCUGUCGUCAGAGCCUUGUGGGAAACUCGUGUCAAGAAGCACAAAGCCUGGCAGAAGAAGGAGGCAGAAAGGCUUGAGAAAAGCGCUUUGGAAAAGAUAAAGGAAGAGUGGAAUUUCGUGGCCGAGUGCAGGAGGAAAGGCAUCCCCCAGGCUGCGUACUGCAAGAAUGGCUUCGUAGACACCAGCGUGAGGCUUCUGGAAAAGAUCGAAAGGAACUCUCUCACCAGGCAGAGUUUACUUUCCAAGGAGAGAGACAAACGGAGGAGUGCGUUUGUGUUUGAACUUUCGGGGGAGCAGUGGACGGAGCUCCCGGAUUCGUUGAAGGAGCAGACACACCUGAAAGAAUGGCACAUCAGCAAUACCCUGAUUCAAAUCAUUCCUACCUAUAUCGAGCUGUUUCAAGCGAUGAGAAUUCUGGAUCUGCCAAAAAACCAACUCUCCCAUCUUCCGGCUGAAAUUGGUUGUUUGAAGAACCUGAGAGAACUCAAUGUGAGUUUCAACCAUCUGAAGAGCAUCCCUCCGGAGCUGGGGGACUGCGAAAAUCUCGAGAAACUGGAUUGUUCCGGAAAUCUGGAAUUAACUGAGCUCCCCUUUGAAUUAAGUAACUUGAAGCAAGUGACAUUCGUAGAUAUCGCGGCCAACAAGUUUGCCAGUGUCCCGAUCUGUGUCCUGAGGAUGUCUAAUUUGCAGUGGUUGGAUAUCAGCAACAAUAGCCUGACUGACCUGCCCCAAGAUAUAGACAGGCUAGAAGAGCUGCAGACCUUUAUCUUGUAUAAGAACAAGCUGACCUACCUUCCGUAUGCCUUGCUUAACCUAAAGAAGCUGGCCUUGUUAGUCGUCAGUGGGGACCAUUUGGUGGAGCUCCCCACGGCCCUGUGUGACUCGUCCACACCUUUAAAAUUUGUAAGCCUUAUGGACAAUCCUAUUGAUAAUACCCAGUGUGAAGACGGUGUGGAAGUGAUGGAAAGUGAACAAGAUCGUCAACACUUUGAUAAAGAAUUUUUGAAAGCCUAUAUUGAAGAUCUUAAAGAAAGAGAAUCUGUUCCCAGCUAUACCACCAAAGUAUCUUUCAGCCUUCAGCUUUAAUACCAUCCAUCAGAAGACUGCAGAAUCUCCCUGUCCCGUGGAGCUAGCAAUCUUGGUGUUGUGGAAUAACGGUUUGUGCGUAAGGACAAAGUCUAGACAUCACGGUCAUAGUUAGGAAAAAUGUUUUUCAAUUUUCACAUUUAUGAAUACUUCUCUCUGGGGGCUGGAGAGUUGAUAAACGGGUUUAUAGAAGUAAUAUGUAAGGGUUCAUUUGCAUAUGCUUAUUUCUAAACAAUCCACCUUUAAUAUUUUAGAAAAUGCGUUCGUUUUAAAAAUUAUAACUCAAAGACCAAAUUAGGAAGUUGAUCGCACUGAUUUUAAGAAUCCAGGAAUAAAGAAAGGGGUUGUAAAAAGAACAUUUGUAUUGGGCUAGUCAAAUGAGAUUUUAUUUUAUUUACCUUUAUUUUUUUAUUAAAAUUUUUUUUAACGUUUUAUUUAUUUUUGAGAGACAGAGAGAGAGAGAGUGUGCAAAUGGGGGAGGGGCAGAGAGAGGAAGAGAGACACAGAAUCUGAAGCAGGCUCCAGGCUCUGAGCUGUCAGCACAGAGCCUGACAUGGGGCUCGAACACACAGGCCGUGAGAUCAUGACCUGAGCUGAAGUCGGACGCUUAACCAACUGAGCCACCCAGGCACCCCUAUUUUGAAGGAGUUUUAAUGUGUGAUUUCUUUUACUGAGGAGAGUUUUCCUUGGGCUUAUACAAACUGCUAUUUUCAUAUGUUUCAAUGAUGUUUUGUAAGUGUAGGGUCUUGGGAGAGACUUUGGAUAUAAUUUGGGCAUUGACUGUAGAAAGAAGGGCUGGAUUUUCUGUCCGUGCAUUGGGCACAAGACACUCAGAGGGUGCACUGGUGGCCCUAGCAGAGGCCGUGUGGGGCCUGGCUGGUCCUAGGAAGCCUUAUGUGGGCUGCAUGGAUGGUCCCCCUGCCCUGAGUGGGAACCUUGGGGGUCCUGGGACCCACCUUAGACCAGGGAGCAGAGGUAGUACCCUCAGGGACUCCUCUUCCAAGGUGGCUGCACAGGAUAGCAGGGAUGGCUAGUCUACCAUGGUGAGGAGCCCCUAGCAAGGCUUCCUUGCAGAUACCACAGGAGAACUCUGCCCAUGGCCAUAAUGCUGCGGUCCGCAGGGAGCUCAUGAGACUGUUUUAUGGUGGCAAAGAUGGGAUUCAUUUUAGGGCUUUGGACUCUUACAACACAUCGUAUGAUUUGGAGAAAUUGUACAAAUAUCUAUUUUUAUACCAUUGUCUUGAGCUAAAAUCAACAGGAUUGUGAGUUGAAGAUAAGCUUUAACAAGUAGCUCUCGUGACUAAGAAGGAAAAAGUGCAUAUUUCAUAUAUUUAUAUAUGAAUCAACUCCUACAUGGUCUAGUUCAGUGCUGUUAAGUAGAAUUUUCUACAGUGAUGGAAAUGUUCUAUAUCUGUGCUGUCCAAAUGUAGUGACCCCCAGAUACAUGUGCUUUUUGACCACUUGAACAAUGACUGGCAUAACUGCAGAAUUUUUAAGUAAUUUAGAAUUUUUAAUUAAAUUUAAUUUUAGAUUGCCACAGGUGGCUCCCAUAUUGAACACGCACAUCUAGCCAGUUGGGUUUUGGGGGAAGAAAUGAAGGGUGAUUUUUAUUUUCUCUUAUCAGAAGGGCUACUAUGACACCCCCCCAUAUUUUGUCUUGGUAGACUGAAUCAUAAUUCCAAGUAUUUUAUCCUCAACAGAUGCAAAACGGGCAGAGCAUUCUAGAAUCACAUGGUAAUACUUCAGCGGAGGAUUGCCUCAAGUUAGAAACAAACUCUGAGAAGUAGGUUAAGAGAUGAAGAGAGUAGGAAAAUGAGAAAUCACUUCACGUGAACGACAAACAAUUAUAUUUUUCUUUUUACCUCCUUAAAAUCGGGACUGAAAUUUAUUAAUUGAACUACUCGAAUAAGUUUGAGACUUUGUUUCAUGCCAAGGUAUAUGUUGUAGAUAGUCAAAUAGAAAAUAAAUCUUAAGGGGGGGCAAAUGGGGCUUUCAUGAACAUUGUCCAUGACUUAUGUAAAAUUUAUUUCAAUAAAACCAGUCUUUUGUGCAAAAA